CCUCAACAUUGACAUGAUUGCAGCCGAAUAGAUUCCCUACAGCACACUCAAGAACGCCCGGCCAAGGCAUAAAGGAUAUCAAGCACGAAGUUCGACCUGCAAAGGGCACACCGGAUACUAGCCACCUUCUCGCUCGCCGUUGAUCUCGUCCCUCUUGGAGGCCGGCACGAUGCCGCAGGAUCCUCAUUUGUACGGGCAGCCGCCGCCCAAGAAACAAAAGAAAGAGAUAGCGGUCUCGGGAUCUCUAGCGUUUGCCUCACAAAUGGCGUCCCUCCUCGCCGAAUCCACCGCAACGACAACCGCUGGCCGACCUCGUUUGUCCAAAUCGAAACCAGACGACGUCUCCAAAGUCAGAAUCAAGCGACAAGACACACCCAGUGCCGAGACCAAGGACAGCAAGAAGCUCUCCCUCAAGUCUCCCCUCGGCGCAGAAGAAACCAAAGCCGAGCGCGAAUUCGUCCGCCGCAAGUUGGAGUCCAAAGCCCGGCUCUACGCCGCCAUGCAACGAGGCGAUUACAUUGGCCGAGAGAUCGGCCUGGUCGACUUCGACCGCAAAUGGGCCGAGUCUCAGGCCGCCAACCCCAACCCCACCUCCUCUUCCGACGACGACUCAGAAUCCGACGAAGACGGCGUCGACAACACGCUACACGAGUACACAGACGAGUUCGGCCGUGUGCGGCACCUCACACGCUCGCAGAUCCUCCGCCUCCAGCGCAGCACCGCCUCGGCGGCCGAACUCGAGCAGAUGUCGGCACGCCCCAAAGCCCCCGAACAGCUCAUCUACGGCGAUGCGGUGCAAGCGGAAGCCUUCGCGGCGCGGGAUGGUUUGGAUACGAUGGAGGCGUUAGCGCGCAAGCGCGACCGGAGUCCCACGCCGCCCGAGGCGACGCAUUACCAGGCGGAUUGGGAGAUUAGGACGAAAGGAGUAGGAUUCUACAAAUUCAGCAAGGAGGAGAGUAAGCGGGAUGAGGAGAUGAAGGCUUUGGAGGAGGAGAGGGCCAGGACGGAAGCGCUGAGGAAGGAGAGGGAGGAGAAGGCGGCGAGAAGGAAGAAGGAGAUCGAGGAGAGGCGGAAGCAGAUUGUGGAGAAGAGGAUGAAAAAGAUGGCGGAUAGUUUCCUGGAGGGGCUGGAGAAGGAUAUGGCCGGGGGGUGAGAGGGAAUAUGGAGUAGAGCCGCAUUGUAUCAGGAAUUUCCGGCUGGAGGCAGAUAGGCAAUUUUGCUGUCAGAUCGGGAUUUCGUACAAGUCAGCUAGCUGGUUGACAGGAUCAUGAAAGACCCCGGAAUCUCUCUCUCGUGGUGCCAGAAGAUACUGGCUACCUUGCAUCACCAGCCUGCUACCCUUUCACUCCCCUCCGGUCCCAUUCUGGCGGUUACCCACAUCUCUGCUGUUUAAUCAGCUGGUGUGUCAGUUACCUUAUGCUCUGUCAGGAGAAGCAAUCAACAUUAGGUAGAACCUUGUUUGCCAGCCGGCUGACUCAAGCCUUGGAUUUGACCAUGAAUAGGCUCCUUAUAUACGGGAAUGCAUAGGCUAUUCGAC